AUGCUGAAAUAUAUUUCACGGUUUACGAGGUUUUAUCGUUAUCGUGUUUACAGUUUAUUGUGUACUCAAUCCAGUCCUCGAAUUUCGCCAACAUUUACCAAAACUUUGUCUUUUACUGUAUCAUUUACUUGGUGGCCAUUGAAAUUAUGGAAAAAGAAAGAUAUACACGAACAGUGUCAACAACUAUUCAAUGAUUCGUUAUUUCAUAUAGCUACGGGUGAAUUCAGUGUGGCAAAUGAUAAAUUACAUGAACUACUGUGGUUUGUCAACCAGUCUUAUCAAAAUCAUGAGUUAACCAAUCGCGAAUACAUCGAUAAACGUGCACGGAUAUGUUCCGAGAUGGCAAAUCUAAAUCUCCUUAUGGGAAAUUAUUUAGAAGCAGAAAAAUUAAUUAAACAGACAAUGGAGGAUUGUUUAACAGCCAAAAUAUCACCGAAUGAUGCAAUGUUUAUUGAGCUGUCACUUAAAAUGUCCAUGCUUUUCGAAAAGUCUGGUAGAUUAGAUGAUGCUGAGAAGGGUUUUCGAUUUUGUAUAGAAAACCAAGAGGAAAAGUUAACAACUUUCGAUGAAAGUAUCGACCAUAUAAAUGAAAAAGCUUUACUGGGAAUGUGUUGUAAUUAUUUCGCCAAAUUUCUCUUUGCUAAUCAAAGACAAACAGAAGCUUUAGUUUAUGCUCAACGAGCUUAUGAAAUUGCCAGUCAAAUUUAUCCUUCAGACCAUGCAAACUGCUUAAAUUUAUUAAUUGAUAUUAGCGUUAUCUAUGCUGAUUUAAAUGUAUUUACAGAGUCUCAACGUAUUCUUGAACAAGUUAUUCAAACAAGUCAAACCAAGUAUCAAUUUUUCAUUGAUAAUUACUCUAACGAUAAUGAACUACUGAAAUCAAACGUUUCAAAACAACGUGAAAUGCAUGAAAUUGUGUAUACUCUAAUACAUUCAAUAUUACAAUUAGCCGUUGUUAACUUAAUGUCGAAAAAACUAGAAUUUGUGAACCAGUUAUUAUUACAAGCUGAUCACAUUAUUAAUCAAAUUGAUCAAUUGGGUUUAAAAGUCUCUACGCACCGUAAACUUAUUAAUGAUUUCAAAAUGGAACAUCAUUUUCAAAUCUAG